AUGACUUCCUUGAAGCCACGUUGGUUUCACGCAUCGACCCUUCUCAACACAACGCUCUACAUCACUGGCGGGACAACCAAGGAUAGUGCCGGUCUCGAGUCCAUCCUAGGCGAGACCAUAGCCCUGGAUUUCAGCCAGUCAUGGCCAGUUGAUCGACCUAUGAUCUUCACGGCCUUGCCCCAGCUCACUAUCCCUCUCACAGGUCAUUCGAUGAGCGUCGUCCCUAGCUUAAACCAUAUCUUGGUCGUCGGUGGCGAAUCCACGGGGAACCAGACAUUGGAGUAUAUCCUCUUGCUCGACCCUCUUGCAAGCGGUGGAACGACAGCAGUUGCUGCAGCAGGAGCAGGAGCAACAGCAGCACCACCAGUCAAUGGAACAAUACCAACAAUCGUUUCAUCUUUAGUGACCUUGAACCCCUCCUCCGAAUUUGCUCCCCAAAUCUCCGCACCCGUCUCGGUAGCGCCCAGUGCCCCCGCCCUGGCCCGACACACCAUGACCCUGACGACGGACGGACGUGCGAUUAUCCUCGGAGGGAUCAAUCCUCAAGGACUCCUUGUCAACUUGACAAGCGCCCAUGUGAUGGACACCCAAUCGGCCGAGGCCAGCUGGAAGGAGGUUCCACUCCUGGGGAAGCCUCCAGACCCACGGAUGGCGUUUUCGACAGUGAUGGUCAACUCGACGACCUUGUUGUUGUAUGGCGGCACGGACGACUUUAAAUCGGCUUUCUGGGUGACGUUUUAUCUCGACUUGCCGACAUGGACUUGGUCCUCGCCCGGGGCCAAGGGCACGAUUCCGAGGAGGUGGGGACAUACUGCGACCAUGGUUGGGAAAACUAUGGUUGUUAUGUUUGGCCUUUCAUCACACCAAACGCCCGAUUCGACACCCGUUGUUCUGCUGGACACAACAACCAACACCUGGAUCUCGCGGUACACCCCAUCCGACCAAAUGGUCAACCCAGGAAACAACAACGAUCCAACCGGGGGCGGGAAAAAGAGCGGUCUCUCGUUGAUUGCAGUUCUGGGCAUCGGAUUCGUCUUCACAGCCGGACUGGUCAUUGGAGUGUUUUGUCUCCUGGUGAGGCAAAAGAAGCGCCGGACGCGGAAUACGCUCGCCAGAGAGAAUAUGAGACACCAAGUCCCCCGGGACGCUAUCAGGAAACAGCAACGAGGUGGCGCCAAUCCGACUUGGGGGAUCUUGGGUCGUGCGGCUACUCGGCUAGGAUUCGGAUCAUCGUCUGGUACCGGAGGAGCAGGAGGGUACAGACCAGAGUCAAGACGACUGUCGGCCAUCUCACCGCAGGAACAUCCCAUGUCGAUCGCAGCACAGAUGACACAGUUGGGUCAUUCGCCUUCAAGUCUAGGGUACCCGGAGAUGGUGGUUGAGCAUGGGACAGGGAUGGUGCCCGUAUCGAGCUAUGUCUACCCGAACCAGCCCCUGGCGGAUUCCGAGUUCCUCGCUCGGCCAGCACCAACAGCAGCAAGAGUCAGGAUGUCGGGGCAGGGGCGGUCGGUAUUUGCGAGGGCGAGACGAGAUGAGGAAGACGGCUAUGGCGCGCUUGUUGUGUAUCAUGAGUUGAGUCCUGCACAGAAGGAAGCGCUCUCACUCUCACAAGGCAAAUAG